AUGGAUCGCGUCAACCGUGAACAAGAUGAGGACCAGCAAGCAGUUCUUCCUAAAUCUCGGCAAGAUAUCUCGUCCUUGGAGAAUGGAUCACAAAAAGUGACUUCGGCUUCGAAAAGUUAUUUGCGACUGGGCUUGGAGAUUGUGAUGGCGGCCAUCAUAGGUGUUCUAUUAAUCCGUCCUUUUCCCGAUAGAGCAACAACCAAAUCUUCUCCAGUACCUCGUUUUCCACGAAAAUCGUAUACGUUUCUCGAAAACCCAAGAUACCUAAACGAGGGCAUGUUCGAUAGCAGGGAGAAGACCCUCCAUACACUUCACAACUGGAUAGAAUUGAGCGCAGACGGCAGAGGAUAUGUCAAAAUUGAGGAUUCGGACUCUUUCGAUCUGGGAGAUCCUUACUCUAUACAAAUGAAUAUCACCCAUAGCGAGCCAGUAUAUAUGAUGUCGGUUUUCCACCAACUUCAUUGCCUUUCAUACCUCGUGCAGACACUCCAAACAGCGUUUGACAAAAAAGAGUUGAUCCAAGAAGUAGCUCAUCACUCUGCCCACUGCUUUGAUUAUCUCCGACAGUCAAUAUUGUGUGCCGCAGAUACCAGUCUUGAGGGGAAAACGGAAGCCGGUCCAGGCUGGGGCUCAAAACAUGAUUGUCCAGAUUAUGAUGCAGUGCUAGCCUGGGCGAACGAACGCACUGUGGUCAGGUUUAGAGGAAACAUGCCUGACGAGGCUGUGCUGUGA